AUGCGGUACCCGCUAGCGUGGCUGCUGCACUCCGCGCGGCCCAGCACCUUCCGCUCCGUCCUCGGCGCCCGCCUGCCGCUCCCGGAGCGCCUCUGUGGUUUCCAAGAGAAGAGUUAUAGCAAAAUGAAUAAUCCAGCUAUCAAGAGACUAGGAAAUCACAUUAUCAAAUCCCCUGAAGACAAGAGAGAAUACCGUGGGCUAGAACUGGCCAAUGGUAUCAAAGUACUUCUUAUCAGUGAUCCGACCACAGAUAAGUCAUCAGCAGCACUUGAUGUACACAUAGGUUCAUUGUCAGAUCCUCCAAAUAUUGCUGGCUUAAGUCAUUUUUGUGAACAUAUGCUAUUUUUGGGAACAAAGAAAUACCCUAAAGAAAAUGAAUACAGCCAGUUUCUCAGUGAGCAUGCAGGAAGUUCAAAUGCCUUUACCAGUGGAGAACAUACCAAUUACUAUUUUGACGUUUCCCACGAACACCUAGAAGGUGCCCUAGACAGGUUUGCACAGUUUUUCCUGUGCCCCUUGUUUGAUGAGAGUUGCAAAGACAGAGAGGUGAAUGCAGUUGAUUCAGAACAUGAGAAGAAUGUGAUGAACGAUGCUUGGAGACUCUUUCAGUUGGAAAAAGCUACGGGGAAUCCCAAACACCCCUUCAGCAAAUUUGGGACAGGUAACAAAUACACUUUAGAGACUCGACCAAACCAAGAAGGCAUUGAUGUCAGGCAAGAGCUACUGAAAUUCCACUCUACUUAUUAUUCAUCCAACUUAAUGGCUAUUUGUGUGUUAGGUCGAGAAUCCUUAGACGACUUAACUAAUCUGGUGGUAAAGCUAUUUUCUGAAGUUGAGAACAAAAAUGUCCCAUUGCCAGAAUUUCCUGAACACCCUUUCCAAGAAGAACAUCUUAAACAACUUUACAAAAUAGUACCCAUUAAGGAUAUUAGGAAUCUUUAUGUGACAUUUCCCAUACCUGACCUUCAGAAAUACUACAAAUCAAAUCCUGGCCAUUAUCUUGGUCAUCUAAUUGGUCAUGAAGGUCCUGGAAGUCUGUUAUCAGAACUUAAAUCAAAGGGCUGGGUAAAUACUCUUGUUGGUGGACAGAAGGAAGGAGCCCGAGGUUUUAUGUUUUUUAUCAUUAAUGUGGACUUGACUGAGGAAGGAUUAUUACACGUUGAAGAUAUAAUUUUGCACAUGUUCCAAUACAUUCAGAAGUUACGUGCAGAAGGACCUCAAGAAUGGGUUUUCCAAGAGUGCAAGGACUUGAAUGCUGUUGCAUUUAGGUUUAAAGAUAAAGAGAGGCCACGGGGCUAUACCUCUAAGAUUGCAGGAAUAUUGCAUUAUUAUCCCCUAGAAGAAGUGCUCACAGCUGAGUAUUUGCUGGAAGAAUUUAGACCUGACUUAAUAGAGAUGGUUCUCGAUAAACUCAGACCAGAAAAUGUCCGGGUUGCAAUAGUUUCCAAGUCUUUUGAAGGAAAGACUGAUCGCACAGAAGAGUGGUAUGGAACCCAGUACAAGCAAGAAGCUGUACCAGACGAAGUCAUUAAGAAAUGGCAAAAUGCUGACCUGAAUGGGAAAUUUAAACUUCCAACGAAGAAUGAAUUUAUUCCUACAAAUUUUGAGAUUUUAUCAUUAGAAAAAGAAGCAACACCAUACCCUUCUCUUAUUAAGGAUACAGCUAUGAGCAAACUCUGGUUCAAACAAGAUGAUAAGUUUUUCUUGCCAAAGGCUUGUCUGAACUUUGAAUUUUUCAGUCGCUACAUUUAUGCUGAUCCUCUCCAUUGCAACAUGACAUACCUGUUUAUCAGGUUAUUGAAGGAUGAUUUAAAAGAGUAUACAUAUGCAGCACGCCUCUCAGGUUUGAGCUAUGGCAUUGCAUCAGGAAUGAAUGCAAUACUUCUCUCGGUGAAAGGUUACAAUGACAAGCAGCCAAUUUUGCUAAAGAAGAUCAUUGAGAAAAUGGCUACCUUUGAGAUUGAUGAAAAAAGAUUUGAAAUUAUCAAAGAGGCAUAUAUGCGAUCUCUUAACAAUUUCCGAGCUGAGCAGCCUCACCAACACGCCAUGUACUACCUCCGUUUGCUGAUGACUGAAGUGGCCUGGACUAAAGAUGAAUUAAAAGAAGCCCUGGAUGAUGUUACCCUUCCUCGCCUUAAGGCCUUCAUACCUCAGCUCCUGUCACGGCUGCACAUCGAAGCCCUUCUCCAUGGAAACAUAACAAAGCAGGCUGCCCUAGGAAUUAUGCAGAUGGUUGAAGACACCCUCAUUGAACAUGCUCAUACAAAACCUCUCCUUCCAAGUCAGCUGGUUCGGUAUAGAGAAGUUCAGCUCCCUGACAGAGGAUGGUUUGUGUAUCAGCAGAGGAAUGAAGUUCACAAUAACUGUGGCAUCGAGAUAUACUACCAGACAGACAUGCAGAGCACCUCAGAGAAUAUGUUUCUAGAGCUCUUCUGUCAGAUCAUCUCUGAACCUUGCUUCAACACCCUGCGCACCAAGGAGCAGCUGGGCUAUAUUGUCUUCAGCGGGCCGCGUCGAGCCAACGGCAUACAGGGCUUACGAUUCAUCAUCCAGUCAGAAAAGCCACCUCACUACCUAGAAAGUAGAGUGGAAGCUUUCCUAAUCACCAUGGAGAAGUCCAUAGAGGACAUGACAGAAGAGGCUUUUCAAAAACACAUUCAAGCAUUAGCAAUUCGUCGACUAGACAAACCAAAGAAACUGUCUGCAGAGUGUGCUAAAUAUUGGGGGGAAAUCAUCUCCCAGCAAUACAAUUUUGACAGAGACAAUACAGAAGUUGCAUAUUUAAAGACACUUACCAAGGAAGAUAUCAUCAAAUUCUACAAGGAAAUGUUGGCAGUAGAUGCCCCUAGGAGACAUAAGGUAUCAGUCCAUGUUCUUGCCAGAGAAAUGGAUUCUUGUCCUGUGGUCGGAGAGUUCCCGUGUCAAAAUGAUAUAAAUCUGUCACAAGCACCAGCCUUGCCACAACCUGAAGUGAUUCAGAACAUGACUGAAUUCAAGCGAGGUUUGCCACUGUUUCCCCUUGUGAAACCACAUAUUAACUUCAUGGCUGCAAAACUCUGA